GAAUCAGCCUUUGAUUGGCUGUUUCAAUGGUCAUAUAAAAGCUUCACCGAAGCAUGUAACUUCCUUUUCCUUCUAACACCGGCAAGGGCAAGCAAGGGCCGCUGCACCAUACUCCAUCCAAUACUGUUCAAAGUCAUCUGCGGAUCACAUUGUCGGAAUCAUGUCAAAGGGACCAGCAGUUGGUAUUGAUCUUGGGACCACCUACUCCUGUGUUGGUGUAUUCCAGCAUGGCAAAGUUGAAAUCAUUGCCAACGACCAGGGCAACAGGACAACACCCAGUUAUGUUGCUUUCACAGACUCAGAAAGGUUGAUUGGAGAUGCAGCCAAGAAUCAGGUUGCUAUGAACCCCACCAACACAGUCUUUGAUGCCAAGAGACUGAUUGGCCGCAGAUUUGAUGAUGCAGUUGUGCAGUCAGACAUGAAACACUGGCCAUUCAAUGUCAUCAACGACAGCACUCGUCCUAAGGUUCAAGUUGAGUACAAGGGAGAGUCCAAAUGCUUCUACCCAGAGGAGAUCUCUUCCAUGGUGUUGACCAAGAUGAAGGAGAUUGCUGAAGCAUACCUUGGAAAAACUGUCAACAAUGCAGUCAUCACAGUGCCAGCUUACUUCAAUGACUCUCAGCGUCAGGCCACUAAGGAUGCUGGAACUAUCUCAGGCCUUAAUGUCUUGCGUAUCAUUAAUGAACCCACUGCUGCUGCUAUUGCCUAUGGUUUGGACAAAAAGGUAGGAGCAGAGAGGAACGUCCUCAUCUUUGAUCUUGGUGGCGGCACCUUCGAUGUAUCCAUCCUGACCAUAGAGGAUGGUAUUUUCGAGGUCAAAUCCACAGCAGGAGACACUCAUCUUGGUGGGGAAGACUUUGACAACCGCAUGGUAAACCAUUUCAUCACAGAAUUCAAACGCAAGUUCAAGAAAGACAUCAGUGACAACAAGAGGGCUGUUCGUCGUCUGCGUACUGCCUGUGAGAGGGCCAAGCGCACACUGUCCUCUAGCACUCAGGCCAGCAUCGAAAUCGACUCCCUGUACGAGGGAGUUGACUUCUACACAUCCAUCACCAGGGCUCGGUUUGAAGAGCUCAAUGCUGAUCUCUUCCGUGGCACCUUGGACCCUGUGGAGAAGUCUCUCCGGGAUGCAAAGAUGGACAAGUCACAGAUUCAUGACAUCGUGUUGGUUGGUGGCUCCACCCGUAUCCCCAAAAUCCAGAAGCUGCUCCAGGACUUUUUCAAUGGAAAGGAGCUCAACAAGAGCAUCAAUCCAGAUGAGGCUGUGGCCUAUGGUGCUGCUGUCCAGGCAGCCAUCUUGGCUGGAGACAAGUCUGAGAAUGUGCAGGACCUGCUGCUUCUGGAUGUCACCCCUCUGUCCCUGGGUAUUGAGACUGCUGGAGGUGUGAUGACUGUCCUGAUCAAGCGUAACACCACCAUUCCCACCAAGCAGACCCAGACCUUUACCACCUACUCAGACAACCAGCCUGGUGUCCUCAUUCAGGUGUACGAGGGUGAACGUGCAAUGACCAAAGACAACAAUUUGUUGGGUAAAUUUGAGCUGACGGGCAUCCCCCCUGCUCCCCGUGGUGUUCCUCAGAUUGAAGUGACAUUUGAUAUUGAUGCCAAUGGCAUUAUGAAUGUCUCUGCUGCUGACAAGAGCACUGGAAAGGAGAGCAAAAUUACCAUCACAAAUGAUAAAGGUCGUCUUAGCAAGGAAGAUAUUGAACGCAUGGUCAAGGAAGCUGAGAAAUACAAAGAGGAGGAUGAUGUCCAGCGUGACAAGGUGUCCUCUAAGAAUGGUCUGGAGUCUUAUGCUUUCAAUAUGAAGUCCACUGUGGAGGAUGAGAAGCUUGCUGGCAAGAUCAGUGAUGAUGACAAGCAGAAAAUUUUGGACAAGUGCAAUGAGGUCAUCAGCUGGCUUGACAAGAACCAGACUGCCGAGAAGGAGGAAUAUGAGCAUCAGCAGAAGGAGCUCGAGAAGGUGUGUAGCCCAAUCAUCACCAAAUUGUACCAGAGUGCUGGAAUGUCUGGUAACAUGCCUGAGGGUAUGCCUGGUGGCUUCUCCGGUGCACCUGGUGGUGCUGCUUCUGGUGGUUCCUCUGGACCAACCAUUGAGGAGGUCGACUAAACAUUCCAUCUUCCUUAGCUACCGUACCUCAAAUCUGCGGAAGUUUACCCUCUUACAGCACAUGUUAGAUGGUAAACAAGCUUAAGAGUGAAAUUCACUUGAUUUAAAGAUAGGGUUCAGGGAUCAUUUUUGCAUUGUUAACGCAUUCGGGAACAGUGUGUAGUUGGUAUCACUCGGUUCAUCACAUGUUUGUGAAUUGUUUUCUAUACAAAGGUGGCUUUAAAAAAAAUAAACUUGCAACCCUUA